ACAGCCUCUCUUCACCACGAGCAACAGAUGUUGCAAUCAAUAUUUGUUCAUCUCUUUGUCUACAUCUAGACAUCUCACGCUGCCAGUAUCAGACAAGAGUCAGGAAGACCCGAGUGUGUGUGUGAUCCCAGCUACAUUGAGGAACAACAGAAAACAAAAUAUCAAAGACAAAGCAAAGUGAAGUCUUAGGAUGUAUUUGUGCAUUCAUCAUUUCAUUGUGGACCAAAGCUUAGUGUAUCAUCUUGACUUAUGGGUGAGUCAUAAAUCUUCUCACAACUAUUGGAUCCGUCUAAGGUUAAUUAAAAUCAAGAGAUUCAACCACACUAGCCCCAAGUGUUUCAACAUGACUCCAAGUUGUAAAGGACGUCUGGUAAAAGAAGUCAAAAAGUUCAAGCCUUUUUCCAAAUGUUAUCGACGUAACGAAUCACAAACUGAAGAGAUUCAAAACAAUGAUGUUGAAGUAUCCGAAGUAAUCAGAGUGACCGAGGCGAACGAAGUAACCAGAGGUAAUGAAGACAGCACUAUCUAUGUACAAGAAUUAGGUGCUUUAAAAAAUCCAGAAAGAGCUGAAAGUGUUCACGUUUUUAAAGACAUAAAUGUUUACGAAAACAAGAGUAUUGAGUUUCUAAAAUCAGAUCAAAAACUGAAUGGUGGUGAAAAAAAAACACAUGAAAGUCUGGCAACGUUUUCACUGAAGGAUUUAUUUCAAUUUCGCCAGUUAAAAAUGAAGCAUCAUCCAUUCAUAUAUUACAAUACAGUGACACACCCAGCGGCAGUUCGUGGAUUGAGUUGGUCAGUAUUUGCCAAUGAAAUAUACAGGCUGAGUACAUUUGCUGAUUAUCCUCAGAAUUCUCCCAAAUCAGCGUCUUUACUAUCAGCACAGGGUUUUGUUUACAUUGGAAACGGUGUGAAUGAUAGGGUGAUGUGUUUCUACUGUGGCAAAGAAAAGGAAAACUGGAGACCAGAAGAUGUUAUACAAGAUGUUCAUCGGUUACUUUCGCCUGACUGUCCACAAGUUCUUAGAGAAAUGUCAAAUAUAGUCCAAGUAUUACAAUCAACAUUUGAAGAUACUAUCAAUGGUCUUCAAAUUAACUCUACUCACCAUACUGAAAAUAAUCUUCAAGCUAACUCUAGCCUUUCAACUGAAAAUACGCUUCAAAUUAACUCUAGCCAUCCCACUGAAAAUACUCUUCAAAUUAACUCUAGUUUUCCUACUGAAAAUAGCAACACAAUACCUUCAGAACAAGAACAACAAGAACCCUUUGCAAGAUCUGUGCAGAACCUGAUGGUUGAUAGUAUUAAUACAAUUGUUACUACAUCAGAAACACGAGGCAAUUUUGACAGUGUCCGUAGAGAUUUAAUUCGAAGUCUAAGUCCAACAUAUUCUGACCUGGGCAUUAUCACGGAAAGACCAAAGAGUCCAGAAUAUGCUCAUAAAAUAAAAAGGCUGCAGACUUUUGCAGCAUGGCCACGAUAUCAUCAUUUGACUCCUGACGAGCUUGUGGAGGCUGGCUUCUUUUCUGCUGGUUCCGGGGAUUGUACUCGCUGUUUCUUCUGUGGAGGCGGUCUGCGUAACUGGGAAGAAGAAGACGACGUUUGGGUGGAGCACGCCCGAUGGUUCCCAAGAUGUUAUUACCUCAGACACAAGAUGGGGCAAGAAUUUAUAGACAUUGUUCAAGACUUACACUCACAGCUCGAUCAGAUAACUAUUGACCAUAUAAAGCAAAGACUAGAUCCUCAAUCAAACUUUUUAAACAUGGACAAAGAAGAUGCUGCCCUACGUCGUGAUCCAGCAGUGAAUUCUGUUAUUCUUCUGGGAUUUCAAGUCAAUGACGUCAUUGAAAUAGCGAAAAUGUUAAAACAAGAAGAGGACUUCCUUUCAGCCAAAAGUUUGAUUGACAAACUCGAGACAGAAGGUAAACAUAAAGAAAAAAGUUUGAUUAUUCCUCACAGUUCAGACAAUACACAAACAGACAUUGAUCUAAUGAGGACUUUACAAGAAGAGAACUUACAGCUCCGUGAGCAGAUGGUUUGUAAACUAUGCUUGGACAAAGACGUGUCCGUGGUGUUUCUGCCCUGUGGUCACCUUGUGUCUUGUGUGGACUGUUCGUGUGCCUUAGUGGACUGUCCAGUGUGUCGCAGUCGUGUUACGGGCAUAGCAAGAGCAAUCAUUUCUUAAAAAUACUGAAUAGUGCAUUCGUUUGUACCGCAGUUAUCCAAGUUUUCUAUAAGUCUUCUUCACUGCAUAUAAUUAGAAAAACACAAUGCCAGUAUCGCAGAUUUUAUUGAUUUAUUUUCAUCCUUUUUUUUUAACUUUCAAGUAUAUUUCAGGUUUUUUAUUAAUCCUUGUAACUGUCAUGGUCAUGGUUAAAUACGUCUGUAAAUUAUUUUGUAAUACAAUUAAGAAAUAAGAGAUAUUCUCAUCAUUUUUUAACAAGAAUCUUUUUUUUCGCUUAUAAUAUUCAUUAAAAUUUCCUCUAUCUUUCUAAAUUUCAUGUUGGUUAUUGGUGAUAAUAUGGAAAUAAGACUUAUAGUGAAAAACUAUUGUAAUAAUUUGUAUCGACGUUAUUAUUAGGUAUAGUACUACAAAAUAUUACUUUUAUUUUAUUUUAUUUCAUAUUAUAGGUCUAUUGAUUUAUAUAUCUAAUGAAAACCCAUGAAUCUUUAAAUUGGUCUUUAUUUGAAAAUUAUAAAUUAAACUUUCUGGGGGGUAGCAAUUAAAAUGAACGAUCUUGACUGAUGGGAUCAUUUUAUUAUUUCUACCAUUAUUUAGUUCUUGAUGUUUCAGUUACCAAAUUUUUGUUUUCUAAAUCUUAAUCAGAAAAACGCGGUAUGGGAAAGGUGUACAUACAUUUGAUGUGGACAAAAUAUUUUUAAUAAGGUUAUAGAUGUUACGGGGAUUAAUGGUACAGAGUUUGGCUUUUGAACCUUAUGUUCGAAUCUUGGGAAACACUGGGAUUUUUAAUUUCGGGAUUUUUCGGAACACUUCUGAGACAUCCCUACUCUGUUGUUAAGUUAAAACAGUUGGUCGUUGUGCUAACCACAUGAGACUCUUGUUAACCGUCGGCCAUAGAUACAGAUGACUUUUUAAUCAUCUGUCCUACACAUCGUAAGACCUAAGAAGUGUAUUUCUUGUACUUUAUCUAAACUAUAUUAUUUUGUAACAUAUUUUUAUCCUCUGAAUUUGCGUUGUGUGCACUUACUUUUCCCAUUGAAAUAUGAUUUCGUAUACAUUUUGAAUAUUACUUGAUAUAAGAACGAUUCAUUGAAGUAGGCGUGCUCGUUGGCUAAACUCUAGUCACUAUGCAAUAACGUUUUCAUUUCUCAGGUAAAUUUAUUUAUAUUAUUUUAUUGUAUACAAAGAACUAUAGUACAACUGCCUUUUUUUUGUUUUUUUUUUUUUACAAUACCUCCAUUCAUGUCAGAACUUCAUGAAACCUGGAUCAAUGAAAAUGGAUCCAGCAAAAACCUGGAUCUAGGAACCUGGAGAGCUGAUCUCAAAAACGGUUUUGUAGAAUUCCUAGAAAUUUAAAAGUUGAUGUAUAUCGCUGAGAAAAGAAUGACUAUCUCUUCUUCACACGGGGAAAACUUUGGUUUGACUGUUCUAAUUUUUGAAAGUAAAAUAUAUAUAAAUGUAAAUAAUAUUUGCGUAGCUUUUUCGAUAACAAUAGCAUAGCAACGCGUGAAAAUGUAUCUAAUUCUAAAAGAGCAUCUGGAGUCCGUGUAAUUCUGGUUUACGGUUUCUAAUCGCUUUUGUAUCUCUGUACAGUCCGUUUACGUACGUAUACUUUGUCUAUUCUUGCGCGAUAAUAGUAUAUUUAUUGUACCCUAUUAAGUAUAUAUAUAUAUAUAAAUGGCCAACUUUAGGUGUCAAAGUGUAUUCCGUGAUAGGAUUCAAACGCAUGCCUACUGGUCUGAAAAUAUUCAUUUGUUUACAUUUCACUAGUUAUGGUUAUGAUAUGCUUGAAUACAUUCCAUUAGUCAUGAUCAUAUAACAUUAUGUUAUCUGCGAGCUAUUCACGUGUAAAUUAGAAUUGGUUUCAAUAUGUUGAAAGAUAAUCAGGAUUUAUGUAUAUCAGUGGGAUAAAAAGAUAAAAUGUGACAUGCUUGCAUUUUGUUCUCUUAAAUGACUAGUCUAUAUUCCUAUGGUUUUAGCUAAGAAAAUUCCAAUUCAAUACUAAAUGAAAUAACAUUGUUCUUUGCUCUUCUGGUGACAUAGUAAUAUUUCAUUAUAAUGAGUAAGUUUCCCACAGCGUUAUCUGUACCUGAGUUUUGUCCCUUUUUAACAAAAGAUGUACAUUUUUUUUUUUGGUUUUGUCAAUUUUAUAGUUGUGGUGCUGGUUAUUUUUCAUCAUCGUAAGUUUUUUCAUAUUUAGAUAUUUUGUUUAUUUAGCUAUGUCAUCUCUAUCAUUUGUGAUACUGAUUAAAAUUUCAAAGAAAUGUUUUCAUAUAAAGGAUUCCCUAACAUGAACUCCGAUUCGUUUCAGAUCAGAAAGUGCUAUACUACAGUGUUAUUACAAGAAACGGGAUAAGACAUCUUGUUAUCUUCUAGAUACUUCCUCACUACCACUCAGUAUAGGACUGGUCACCCAUGUCAGAAAUGUGACACUGACUCAACGCUCUCUCCAAAGUUACGGCAUCGAAGGUCGUAGUUUGGAUGGAGCCGUGCAUAUGCACUAAUAAUAAAAUGCACCAGUGUUCCUCCCUACAGUGCACUAUUGCCUGUUACCAUGGAUCAUCUCGAUCAGGGUGACGCAUAUGCUGCCAGACACCCUAGGGUUUUGUCGUAGUCCUCCCCGGAACUAUGCCAAAUUUCAAAUAUCUACCGUCCUGUUUUAUUAUAAGAUAUACAAGUAAAUGUGUUAGAGAGAAAUAAAUAUAGGCUAGCGGCUAGAUAGACUUUGUCAAUUAUAUAUUAAUGACGUUAUGGGUUACUUUUUUUUAUCUUUAUUUUUACAAUAUCACUUUUAAAGUCAGAACUUCAUGGAAACUGGAACCAGCCAGGAACCUGCAUGGUCAGCUGAUCUCAAAAAUGGCUCUAAUGUAUUUCCUAGAAAAUUAAAAGUUAUGUCUAUCGCAGAGAAAAGAAUUACUAGCUCGUUGCCCACACGGGGAAUACUCUAGACUGACCGUUAUCAUUUUUCAAGUAAAAAAUUAAAUGAAAUUAAAUUUGGCUACAGAACUAGAUCUAGGUCCACCAUCGGUUUUGAAAUGACUAUCACGUUCGUGAAGGGACUAUCGCUUUUGGGAAUAUCUAAAUGUGUGGCUUUAUUGAUUCAAGAGUUUAAUAAUUUAAUGUUCAGGAAAAUUUUAGGCAUCGUCUUUUAAGUGUAGAUCUCAAGGCUUAUCAUUGGAAUAUUAAAAAUUGUACUGGAUCUAUACAUUUGCUUAACCAGGAUUCUUUCUCUCGGAGAAUGGUGAUGGGGAUGGGAAUAUAAAUGUUUCAUUGUUGUUGUUCAUGUAACAUUCAUUAAUUUUUUAAAGAAAACUGUGCUGUACGUUUUAUAAAGGAGGCAUUAUCUCUUUU